AUGUUGGAGUAUUUUCUUCAGCUUAUCUUUUUGUUGCAUAUCGUAUUGCUGCCGGCCUAUUUGUAUUUCUCGUGGAACUUCAACUAUUGGCAGAGUCGCGGAUUGCGCACCGCGUUGCCAUUGACUAUAUUCGGUUCUUUUCCUAGCAUUUUAACGCGAAAUAGAAAUCUGAUUUAUGAAAUCGAUGCGAUUUAUGGACGGUAUAAGCAUCGCAGUCGCAUGGUGGGUAUUUAUUUCGUACGUCAACCACAAAUCCUUGUACUGGACAUGCGUUUGGCGCACGAAGUGCUCGACUUGAAUUUCAAUGCCUUUGAGGUGACAGCGGCGAGUAGUUGGAUGCGGCACCACAAGGAGAACAAAUUGGACAAAUUAGCCAUGCACAGUGCAAUGUGGAGCACAGGCGAACGCUGGAAGAAAAAUCGCACCGUGGCGUGUGCGGCUUUGACACUUCGUCGGUUAAAGCGCUCCUACGAAGUGUGGCUAGUGAGUAGUAGGCAUUUACUGCAUUAUUUGGGACAAAAAUGUGGUGAUGCCCAACCAGAAAUUGUGGAGGUCACAGAUUUUGUUGAACGUUUCGUAGCUGAUGCGCUCUGUAUUUUUAUUUGGGGCGUAGAUGCGGGAACUUUAACGCUAUCGAAAAAAGGAAAUAGGUUUCUGAUGAUGGCGCAGCGUGCAGUCAAGCAGACGCGCAGUUUAAGCCGCUACUCCUUCGUGUCUGCUGUCAUGCCACUACUUUGGCGACUAUGGCCUUUCCGUUUGAUUUCCAAGACAGUGGAUAGCUAUUUUAUGCAGUUCACCGUCGAUGCAUUGGAGUGUCAUAUGAAGCUCCGCGAUCCGUGCGGUGCGCCUAAUUUUCUCAGUUAUUUGGAUAACCUGCGUCAUUCGGGCCUUAUGAGUGAUGAUGCGCUGACGGGGAAUUGCAUGGCUAUGCUGAUCGAUGGUUUUGAGGAGGUAUGCAGUACGUUGGCUUAUACGAUUUAUUAUCUUGCGAAAGAGCCACGCGUGCAAGCCAAAUUACGUGCCGAACUGGUGCAAACGCAAAGGCGUGAAAAUUGCAAGGAACUCUCUUUUGACACUUUGAUGUCUCUUUCCUAUCUGGACCACUGCAUAUAUGAAACUUUGCGCCUAAGUCCUAUAGUACCCUACUGUCGUCGCGUCUGCAGUAAUGCCAAUGUGGUGCAGCUUUCUAAGCACAAAACGCUGCAGCUGGAUGAUGGCAUGAUGUUGUGUGUACCCGUUUACUCUUAUCAUCACGAUCCCCUAAUCUUCUGUGAACCAAAUUCAUUCAUGCCCGAACGCUUCGAGAACGUUGCACCAAAGGAAUUAAUGGAGAGUCGAGUUUUUCUGCCAUUCGGUGCUGGACCGAGAAGCUGCUUAGGCAAGGACUUGGCUAUGGUAAUUAUAAAAUCGGCUCUAGUGCCUAUAGUUUCGCAGUUUGCCAUUAGCACUUGUGGACUGACACAGCACGGCAAUAACCAAGGUAUUGAUUCAUUUCUACUCAAUCUGAAUGAAAAACUUAUGCUAGAAAUUAGAAAAUUAUGACUUGUCUAUUUUACCAAUUCAUAAUAUAAUGGAAUUGCUUAUUUUUA